GGCUCGGGGCCCACCAGGCCCACCCGCGCCGACACUCCCGGGGAUGCAGAAUAACCGCCAUUACGAUAUCAGAAUAAUCAUCAUCAUCAUCAUCAUAAUCAUGUUCCUGAGGAGGCAGCAGGUGCUGGGCCUGUACCGGAGCAUCCUGCGAGCCAUCCGCCGCGUCCCCGACCGCCUCGAUCGCGGCCACCUGCAAGACUGGGCCCGCCAGGAGUUCAGGAGGAAUAAGAGCGCCACGGACGAGGACGCCAUUCGCAUGAUGAUCACCCAAGGCAACAUGCAACUCAAGGAGCUGGUGAGAGCCCUGGACUUGGCCAAGUCAUAGCACCGGGCCGGGCCGCGGGGCCACGUCCGUCCCGCAGAGCCUGGCGAAUGCCGCCUCGGUCCCCCGGAACCUCUGAGGUACCGGACAAAGCCCAGAGCAGGAAAGAGACCGUCUCAAGAGGAGCCAGACUGUGUGGUCCCCAGUGGGGACGGUCCUUAAGCAUUCCCAGAAGAGUGAGGGUUGGGGUCCUCAAUUCCGCAACCCCAAGAGGUCCCGGAUGGUGGAAGGAGGCAGAUGCCGUGGCUGAAUUUCCAGGCCCACCCCUGGUGCCUGCUAAGCUAACCCUUCUAAGGCACGCACAGCGCCUGGGGACAAGGGAAUGCCGUCCUGAAGCUGUGGUCUGGUGUCCGUUGGCUGCCGUGGCGGGCGCCCUCCACCCCGCACCGGCCCCAGCUUCGACUACGCAAGCGGGAGACUCACCUGGGGAUGGCGUCGACUGGGGCCUGGAGGCUCUCGACUCUCCGCUGAGCUUCAGCUCCAGAUUCUGAAUCUUUCCCAGGCACCAGUUUUUCAGCUCAUCCACCAAGGACACCUAGAGGGAAAGUUGCCAUCAGGCCGCGGCACUCUGCCUAACGACGGACCUGCGACGGCCGGGAUGGCUGCUGUGCCCCCGCCCUUGGAAGCCACCGGGAGGAAGGGGACACAGGUGCAUCACCACAAAAGUGGGGGCUCGGGGCAGCUUCUCCCCGUGGCCCCCUAUAAAGAGGCUGUCGAAAGACGCAGAGGUACGCAGCCAGCUGCAGGCUGUUAGAUAAAACCCCCAGGUUUAGACCACAGCCUUCUCCUAAACCAAGCUCCGGCUCGCCUCCUUUGUUCUGUAAAGCUGGAAGGGGUUCAAUAAACAUCUGAACUGUCGAACCUACA